AUGACACCGGGUACAUACUAUACCCCCGCCAAUACAAGUCCUAUUAUAAAGGGCAGGGUUAAGCCAAAACAGUCUAGGUGAGCGAACGUUCACUACUCUAGGAAACGCCUAUGGAGAACAGUUUGCCGUUUAGGAUCGUUCAAAGCUGGAUCCUACCAUGCGCCAAUGUCUGUCCGACAACAUAAGCUGAAAAAGAUAAACGAAAUCUAAAGUCCCCCUAAUCGUCGUUUCAUUGAUGGGAGAUAAGUAAUCUAUCUUGAUACGAAAGUGUCCCAUGAGAUGUUGCUUCAACAUCUGAAAUAUGUUUUUGAUAAGGAAGGAUUACAUAAGUGGAACUGUAAUGCUGCAGAAUCCCGAAAGAGCUCAGUCACGUCAGUCUGCCGACUUUUAAACACUCCUUUUAUCAAUCGCCUGCAGCAAAAGAACUUGGCGAGGGUGACUUAUUAAAUGGUGCGCAUCAUUUCCAAUGAUCUUCGCUGCAGUCGUAAACCACCAUAUAUUUUAUAGAAAACAAACACAAAAUAUUCCUUAUUACGUUCAUUUGGUGACAAAUUGCGUCUUUUCCAAAGUCCUUAUCUAAAGAAAGAAUAGCUUUCGACUUUUAUAGAGUUUAUAACAAUGUGACUUAAAAUACCUUGAACUGUUUAUUUAGAUAGCAUCGUUUAUGUCCGUUUAUUGAUGUUCUUUAUGAAGCAUACAACACGGGCCACGUUAAUCGAAAGGGAUUUAUGUGCAUUAUAUAAUGUCUUCUUAGUGGAAUUUGUAGUAUCUUCUUAAAAGCAGGGAGAAUAAGUUUCUCUUCUUUGCGCGGAAAGUAAACAGUUUGUGGUUUGGACACCCUAAAUGCAAGUGCAACGGCAGGUCGGUUUCGAAAUUAUCCCGACAUUUAUGUACUUUUUGCAUGUAUUAUUCGAGUAUCGAAGGCUUUUCAUAAACUAGGAGAAACCUCUUCCUCAAAUAUGGUUUGCUGACAAGAAAUGCGAUAAAAAAUAAUGCGCACAUGCUCCCCACGGAAUAUAUGAGAAUUAAUAAGUACAUCUAAAAUCAGUGGAAAAAACAUACUAUUUAAGCAGCACUUUUUGCCGGUGGUAGUUGUCGCAGGCGGCAGGUAAGCAGUGCGUUUAAAAGCCCGUAGCAUGACGUGGCAAAAAGAUCUUAAUCUGCGACUGUAUCUGAUGAUGGGUUCGAGUGAGAAACCGAAACGCCAGGUCAAUAAAUUUCUUGUUCCAGCGAUCGCAUCUUCGUCUUCUGAAUAUGUUUAGGUUUUUAUGAAUGAAGGCGAAAUUUCGAGUUCCAGGUGUAUACAUAUUUGAAGAAGAAGAAGAGUCAAGCACCGGAACAAUUCGUUUAUUAUCCUGAGCUUUUAGACUCGUACAGGAGUCCUUCGAUGUGACGUCGUUAUUCACAUCUAUCCCACCAAACGUGGCCCGCGAAGUCUUGCGCAAGAGACUUGAAGAGGCGUACGAUGAGACUCAGGAUGCCCUCAAAAUUGAACACCUCAUGAGGCUGUUUGAAUUCUGCCAACAAACUUUCUUCACUUUUGCGGGAGAGACCUAUGAACAAAUCAAGGGAACCCCAAUGGGCUCACCGGUCUCCGGUUUGGUGGCAGAACUGGUCCUACAGGAGUUGGAAAAGAUUGCCUUCCUUCAACAUGAACCGGUGUUUUGGCGACGUUACGUUGACGACACGUUCGUCAUCGUAAAGAAGGACAUGCUGCAACAUUUUCACUGCCUGCUCAAGGCAGUCUUCCCGGAUAUAAAAUUCACGAGAGAAGAAGAACAGGAGCAACAGUUGCCCUUCCUGGAUGUGCUCGUCAGACGAAACCUUAACGGUGAACUUUAA